CUUCUUGCAGGUAUUUUGUUACAGCUCUGGGUCACAGGAAAUGUGUUCUAGUAGAAACAAAUAAGUAAAAUUGAUUCUGUGUACAUUUAGACCACUUUAACAUUACAUUACAUUACAGGCAUUUGGCAGACGCUCUUAUCCAGAGCAACGUACAACAAAGUGUAUAACCAUAACCAGGAACAAGCAUGACAAAAACCCUAGAGAGAAGUACCGGUCCAAGUGCAGGGAACAACCGCAUAGUUCAACUUGGACCCUGAAGGUUAAACUGAUUAACACUAACACAACGAGAACGGCAACAAUGCAGUCUAUGGAAAAAUUACAAGCAGUAGUUAAGAGUUAAUGCACCUAAGUCACCUACAAAACAGCUGCCUAGUUACAACCCUAAGCUUACAGUCAUUUACAGGGGGGUAGGGAGGGAUGGGGAGAGGUGCAGCCUGAAGAGGUGAGUCUUCAGUCGUCGCUUGAAAUGGGUCAGUGUCUCAGCUGUUCUGACCUCCACGGGGAGGUCAUUCCACCAUCGUGGGGCCAGAACAGACAGGAGACGUGUUCUGGAAGUGCAACUAAUUAGCUAUAUAAAGUUGCUCAUUAAAUUAAUUAAAGAGUAAUUAUGAAGUUAUUCAAAGGUGUAAUGUGCAAGUAACUGAACAGUUAAAUUCAAUGAACAUGACUGACAGACUGAGGACCAAAUAUUAACAAAAAUGUUGGAAGAAAAUCUGUUCCUACUACACCUUUUACAAAUAUUUUAUAUCAGAUUAAAUAUAUCAGAUGAAGAAUAGCAUUCAUUACAGUUCAAUCGAACUUGAUUCAUUGGCAGGUCCAUUGGAAACAAAAAUUUCACAGUGGGCUCCUGCAACCAGGCUUCAGAGACAUUAGUUCAUCUACAGAGGCCUGAUGUGUUGACUAUCACUCCAUGGUUGGCCCCCAUUGUCUGGGAAGGGACGUUUGAACCUGAAAUCAUUGACAACAUGUACAAGCCCCUGAACCUUACCAUUGCGACCACUGUGUUUGCUGUUGGAAAAUACACCCGCUUCCUGCGCGAUUUCCUGGAGACAGCUGAGCAGCACUACAUGGUGGGGUUCAGAGUGCACUACUAUGUAUUCACUGACCAGCCCAAGCAGGUGCCUGCAGUGACUCUGGCCCCUGGGAGGAUGCUCAGCGUCAUCCAGGUUCCCAAGUUCAACCGCUGGCAGGAGAUCUCCUUGCGGAGGAUGGAGAUAAUCCAGACGGCCAUCGAGGAGCGCAUCCGCACAGAGGCCGACUACAUCUACUGCCUGGACGUGGACAUGAGGUUCCACAACCGCUGGGGGCCCGAGGUGCUGGACACCCUCGUCGCAGCGAUUCACCCAUGGUUCUACACCUUGGACCGCGAGCAGUUCACUUACGAGCGGCGUCCUGCUUCCAAGGCUUACGUCCCAAAAGACCAGGGGGAUUUUUACUACAUGGCUGCCGUGUUUGGGGGUCGUAUAGAGGACGUGCACAAACUGACCAAAACAUGCCGUGAAAAUCUAGAGGAGGACAAAAAGAACAACCUGGAGGCUGCCUGGCAGGAAGAGAGCCACCUCAACAGGUACCUUGUUUACAAGAAGCCCACCAAGCUGCUGUCGCCAGAGUACAUGUGGGACGAUCUUAAGGGGCAUAAACCCUCGGAAAUUAGGUUAAUCCGAUUCUCAGCUAUUAUCAAAAACAAAGCUGAAGUCCGAGAAAAUAUAUAGACAAUCAGUCUAUAUAUAUAUUAUAUAUAUUAUAUUAUAUAUAUUAACAAAGCACCGUUCAUAACUGUAAAAAUCCAAUGUGCCUCUACUGCUCAUUUCAAACAAAACAGGUCAUGAUGAAAUUCACUGGGGACAAACAUUUUUACCUUUUCAAGGAAGAAACUUUAGAAAGUUAUUUUUUUCAUUCAAAUCCAACUGUAGGAAACUAACUAGUCAUCAAAGCUAGUGAUUUCUUUACAAUGUACAUACCUGCCAGUACAAUAAUGCAAUGCCUAUAGUUUUCCUUUUUUGAAGUCAUGUAUUUUUAAAUCUGUGAACCGAAUGCUGUGUAUGUGAUACUGUGGUAUUUAAAAAUAAUUAUAUCAAAAACUUUCAUCUUGUCAUAAAUGUGGCCUUUAUCUUUUAUGUGCCUCGCCAUACUGUGAGAAUGUUUUGAAAAUCCAGUAUGUUUACUUUGGACUUGUUAGUCUUACUUAUGGUAUUACCCAUAGUCAUGUGUGAAUUUCUGUUUUGAGACAUGGCCAGAAUGUUGUCGGAAUGUAUCAUUUCCAAUGUGAUCCAAUGUAUCGGCCGAACAGUAACACCAGAAUAUAUGAUAGAUUAAGAAAAAUCAAAUCAAAUCAAAUUUUUUAAUAAAGCAUGUUUAAAUACAA